AUGGCAACACCUCGAAUAUCUCCCAUUCAUUUAAACCAACAGUCGCUUCAAUGGCAACAUUUACUCCGGGCGACUCUGCGGGAGUGUUCCUAUCUUCCCGAUCCGAUUGCUCGAACCUACAUGCAUGGCUAUGUUCUGGACCGAUAUCGCCGAGCCCUCGAAUCUAAGCAUUCAGAAGCGAAGUUGAUCCGCACGGCCAAGAAAGAAUUAUCUCGACUCCAAAGAGCAAAUGAGGGCUGGCCCCGCCCAUUUGAGCGAGUCAUGAUGAUGUCCUAUGGUCGCACCGGCAAACGAAGACAUGAGUUACUAGCAGAUCUGAUAAGCCCCGAUGUUCCGACGGACAGCAAUGCACUCAGAGAACUAGUCACCAAGGCUCCGAAGUUUACGGAUGGCUGGGAGCCUCCAGAAAUCAUGUUGUCGCUCAUCAAAUCUCAGAUGAACAACGGAACGGUCACAUCGUCCCGGAUUCGACCUCAGCUGAGAGGCAUUCAACCACCCGUACCUAAUCUGAGCAGCUGGGGUCGACCUUUGGGGCAAUCUCGCAAAGUCAACAUCCGACAUAAAUGGUACUUUGGCUCACUGUCCUCUCUUUUUCCACCGUUGCCAGAUAACGAACUCAAGAUUCUGGACGGUUUGAUCGCCGGGACUGUGAUAUGGAAGCCCCGAAAGCGAAAGCAGGUAGAAGAACCUUCAAAAUCUCAAGAUAACCUUCUAUUGGACAUACUGGCAGAUGGUCCCCAGAAGGAUCACACUUUUCGGCCAUACGCCCAGGGACGGCCGCGCAAAAUCACCCCCAGGUUGAUGCUCCGCACCUGGCGGCGUAUCUCUUCCUACGUGCCAAGAUUGUUUUGGAAUGAGAAGUCGGAGAAAAAGAUGAAGUGGACUUUCCAUUGGAAUGGUCCCAAGAAAGUACCGACGCUGGCCUUUGAUGUAGACCAAGAUGCAGAUCUCGAUGAGAUUUUUGGAUCCGAAUCCAAGGCACCAGAGACUCCUAAACCACACAGGAAAAGAAAACAUGUAAGAUGA